UGUCUCCCCAGCCAGCUGGCUCCCACAUAUCUAUACACACACACACACACACACACACAUACACACACACGACGGGUCUGACACCAUCUGGGCACUCUUAGUCCUCCCUUCCCCUCCUCCCUCACCCCCAACUCUCCCCCUCUACUUCCCUGCCCCACCUCCAGCUGACCAUGGCAUCGGAAGCAGAGAAGACGUUCCACCAGUUUGCUGUCUUCGGAGAAUCAUCAAGCAGUGGCAAUGAAAUGACCAACAAGAACUUCUCCAAGCUGUGCAAAGACUGUGGCAUCAUGGACGGCAAGGCAGUCACCUCCACUGAUGUGGACAUUGUGUUCAGCAAAGUCAAGGCCAAGAAUGCCCGAACCAUCACGUUUCUACAGUUUCAAGAGGCAAUGAGAGAACUAGGCCAGAAAAGGUUCAAGGGCAAGAAUGCAGAUGAAGCCCUAGAGAAUGUUUAUAAACUCAUGGAAGGCAAGGAUCCAGCCACCACUGGUGUUACUAAAGCAACCACAGUGGGUGCAGUGGACCGUCUAACAGACACCAGCAAGUACACCGGCACCCACAAGGAGCGCUUUGAUGAGAGUGGCAAGGGCAAGGGCAUCGCAGGACGGGAAGAGGUGACUGACAGCUCGGGCUAUGUGAGUGGCUACAAGGGCGCCGGCACCUAUGAUAAGAACAAGUAGAGAGCAACGUCGUUUUAGCCUGCUAGCCCCCUGACCCUGCAUCAUUGACACCAGGGAGCUUGGACGACAAUAAACAUCUGUGUGUGC